GGAAUGGAUCCCAACAACGAACGUGCGGUGUUCGGCACCAUCGCAGAUGAAGCUACUAGUGAGGGCUCAUCACAGUACUUCCUCAUUACACCCAAGCUACUGGCCGAUCUGAAGUACAACAGACGUAUUACUGUACUGUGUGUAUUCAACGGCGAGUACGUCAACACGCCGCAUGAGGAGUGGAAUAUCGGCACGUUCAUUCAGAGACGUAGACAGCUAAAGGCUGCUGCUUAAGGUCAGGGGAAACCGUAUCGAGAUAUUGAAUAUCUGGGAAAUAAUGAGGAAUGGCAUAUCCGCGACAUAGGAGCCUGCGAACGAUUCAAUAGGUCAUUUUAUCACGAGGAUUUAAAUUAGAGUUCGGCUAAAGAUUGUCGUUGCGCCAUCGUUACUCGCCAGCGUCUAUAGCUGGCUAGUUGUGCCAGAGGUACCUUCGCGAAGAAGUUGUACCCGUUAAACGAUGACCGACCUAGACGCAGUAUGCUCAUAUAACAUAUAGAACAUUCAUGAAAGUGUCAUAGAACUAUGUGCGUAUGACAUGCCGAAUCAGAUAAGAAAAGGAGUCAGCACCUGUCCUUCAACGCGCUCAUUAAGUCAGUCAAUAUUGAAUACAACGCUUGGCUAUGGGAUCCAUCAAAGUCUCAACUUUGUACCGCUAUGUACCGCUUAACACCACCUCGUACGGCUUACAUGCAUUUGUCAGAGGCUGAUCAGUACUCGGCGGUCUAGAAACGACUUCAGAGUUUUUUUAAUUCGAUGAUGGCGAUAUAUAGUCAAUUGGGCAGACGAGACAGACUACUGGUGCGUCUGGCAAAUCACGAGGGCAUUCAUCGAUAUAGAUGCUAAAGUACUGAUGAUAAGGGUUACGAGCAUGUUGGAUGACGGUCGUGAGGGGGCCACACUUAGUCGAUGAUGUACAACUAUACCACUAUGAAGUGCGAUCUCAGCUUGGAAUGCCGGCGACGUUCUGAUGGCACCAAUUAAGGGGUUACUACAACUCAUCGUUUGAAAAUCGGGGAGAUGCGCUGAAAAUCUACUCCGAAUGCAGACCUGCAGAUUGAUAUACAUUAAUAUCCAACAUUCAAUUUAAACAAUCAAUUUUGUUUCACUGUUACCAUCGCUUUUAAUAAAUCUG